UACGUAUCAUUUUUUCUAUGGUCAGUGAAAUCAGUGAAAAAUGUAAAUAGUUGUUAUCACUUGAGAUAGCCUUACUGUAAAUGUUAUUAGAAAUUGUGCUUUUUAAUAUUUCCUACUUUGUUUUUUAUAAUGUUAGUCGUAUCUAAUAUGGCAAAUCUAUUACAAAAGCUUUCGUCUUUCUUAGGAUAUUGGUAUUUUAGAUACAUGCUUGUUACAGAAUUAUAUAUGGUCGAAAAAUGGGAGAGAAUUUUUAUUAAUAUUUUCUUUAUAGUGUUAUUUUUAUCAUUCUUUAUUUUCAACUACAAGGUACUACUUCCAAUUGCAGAAGUAGUGAGUUCCACAUCAUUAUAAAAUCUAUGUCAAAUAUAUAUUUAUUAUAGCCGGAACAAUAAAACAUAUCAUUUAAUUUUAAUCAAAUAAGUUGAUGAUUUCUCAAAGAAUUAACAUUAUACAUAUCCACAAUUAUAUUGUAAUUUCCAAAUUCCCCAAAAAGAUAAUGUUAUCAGAUUCAUUAAUAUAAUGUUUACUCUGUUCUUUAUAAAAAAGACUUUAUCUCUGAGUUAUAUAUGUAUAUAUGAAUAUUAAAGUCAUAAAACAAACUGAAAGGAAAAAAUAAAUUUACUAACUUAGAGUUUCUUUCCCAUGAUAUAAAUUAUAGCAAAUAUAUAUAUAUAUAUUCUAUAUAUUAUAUAUUCUAUAUAUAAUAUAAAAAACAAAAAAAUAUAUAAGGUAUUAAAUACAUAAGCAAUAUCUGUACACUUAAUAAAUAUUAAAUUUUAUUUUUAAUAAGAAAUUAGUUAUAUAUGAAUAACCAUCAACCAAUGUAUUUAACAAUUUUAAAGCAUAAUAAUACAUGGUUUCAUAACCUUAUCAAUUUGAGAACAAAACAAUGUAUUUAAUUUACAUUAUCUUUUAAAAAUUAAGUAACAAAUUUCAAAUACUGAUUGCAUUUCAAAGAUAAACACAAUUUUGAUCAAUAUUGAAAUUGUUACGUAUUCAAUAAGUAUGAAUACUAACACACAGAUUCCAUGUGCUGAUAUUUUACAUUGUAAGUAGGCACAUUAGGAAUAAGAAUAUUUUGAUCAUUAUUGAAAAGUUUUACAAAUGCACGUAAAGAUGGAAUUUUACACUAUCAGAUCCAUCUUACAAUAAAUGAAAUUUUUUUAAUAAUUUGAACACAUAAUUAUACAAAUAAUUAAUACAAAUGAUUAAUCUCACAAAUUUUAUCAACUCUUGAUAUAAACAAGGUAUAUGCAUGUGAAUUAAUCUUUAAUCUUGUAAAAUAUCAUAUUAAAUUACAUAUUUUUGAAUAAAUCUUUUUAAAUUUUCAUAAUUAAGUUUAUAAAAAGAACUUUGAUUCUGAUGAUCAACUACGCAUGUUGUGACAUAUUUACAUAUUAAACUAUCAAGUUUCACAAUUGAAUGCAUACAUUUGCCACUUGAACAUAAGUGCUGCUGGUACAGCCCCCUAAAAAUUGUUAUUAUUUGAACCAAGUCUACUAUUAUUUUUUUGCUGAAUACAUUGCUAAAUAUGUGCGUUUUAUUUGCUAAUAUUGCAGACAUUAGAGAAUUUGAAAUAAAUUAUCAGCUUUGAUAUUAUGAUGUGCAUAUACCACAAAAGGCUGUGGCAGUACUGUAGAUGCAAGGAAAUUAAUAAAGCAAACGAUAGUAUUUCUACAUUAUAUAUAAAGGCUCAUAUUAAAGGUAAAUAUGAUAUGGAUCUCGCGUCUGUCUGUAAAUCAUUUUCUGUAUCUAAUCUCCUAACACGCACUCUUUGUUUAUAAUGGUACUCUUUGAGAUAACUUUUAAGCGUCUUUGGCAACUGCAGCUUAUUUAUACCAUCAUAUGUCGUUCUUGUAGUUAUAACUGCUCUGCACAAAUGUUGUAGAGGAAAGGCGAAAUUACGAUGCAAUGGUAUAGUGAGCAUAGGUUCGAAGAACAUACAACAUGAUGGGUCCUUGUAAUGUUCUAUUAAACCACAUACCUGUGAAUAUAUUAUAUACCAUUUAAUAAUUUUAUAGAAAUUGUUUAUAUCAAAAAUUACGAGAAAAUUUUUAAUUUUAAAACAUACCGUUUCAGAGGCAUAAACGCCUGGAUCGUGUGAAUCGAAACUAAAUUUGUGAUUCCACUGCUCAAUUCGUGCAUGAAGAGAUCGUCCAUAUUUUCGAAAGCUUACGGAAAAUAAGAAUUCUUCUUGCGCAGAAUCUCGUAAUAAGAAAGUUCCUUCUUGUUUACCUUCCAAUAAACGUUCUGCUUCAUAGCGAUCCAUCUUACCCCAAUAGAAAGAGCAUGCCGUUAUUGACCGUAAAUCUGGUACAAGACAAUGUACAUAAUCGACCUAUGAGCAACAAAGAAGUUACUGUUAAAAUAAAUGUAUAGUUGUUUUAUCCGGCGAGAAAUAAUUAUUUACCUGCGUAUGCGCAGGUCUUUCAAUAUUUGGAAUUAAUGUAAAAUCUAUCUGGGAUAGCGCAGUAAGGGCAGCAACUUGAAUACCAGCAUGUGCUUGAAACAAUGCAGCCAAACUAUCUACUGUUAUACCAUUUGGAUGCACCUGUAUUCCAGAUGGAUAAUUAGGUCUGUAUCCAGGAGGAGGUUCAACACCUUCCUCCAUUUCUCGUGCUCGUUGUAAACGUGCCCUUUCGUCGCAAUCCUUCACAUGAAAAUUAUAUAUAAUAUUUUCUUUUGUGCUAAUUUUCAAUUAGUAAAUAAGUCAUUACAGUAACAUACCUCCAUAGGAAAUUCCUCUGGAUUAAAUCUUGACAAAUCGAUCACAGGACUUGGCGGUAGAGGACCAAGAAUUGGACUCUGUGGUGCAGAUCUACUAUUAAAUACAAUUCCUGCACCCAUUGGAUGUUCUUCGGUUCUUCUAUAACCAGUACAUACACAAUCUGAACUACUGUUGCCUUGACCAGGAAUAAUAUCAGUAUUUUUGGAUGUUUUACUCUUAGCAAACUUCAAUACCCAAUUACUUCUUUUCUUUUUUGAAGAUAAAAUAUGAUUACAUACUGGA